AGUGCGAGUGCAGAGGGGGUUCCUGCGACCCGCGCACUGGGGAGUGCACCUGCUCCAACGGGCUGACGGGGAAGCAGUGUGAUGUCUGCAUGCACGAGUAUGAGAUCCCCGUGGCAAACGGCCCAGACAGCAUGAGGUGUGAAGUGUGUGACAGCUGUGUCCUGCUUCUGCUGGAGGAUCUGCAGAGCAUCGAGACGUCCUUCCCCUCCAUUCGCAGCCAGCUGGUCAACCUCAACGCCAGCUCCAUCGCCUGGGCUCGUCUCCACGGUCUCAACAGCACUAUGGCGACUGUCGCUAAUCAGCUGCGUGAGUACCAGAGAGCCAUGAACAAGGUCAGGCAAAGGACUGACGAGCUGGAGGAUGAGAACGUGGACCUCACGCAGGACCUGAACGCGUUGCAGCACAAAAUGACAAUGACUCACAGAGAAGCAAACCGUAUUGAGCAGCACACAAGAGACACUUACCAGAGGGGGGAGCAGCUCCUGCUAAAUAUGCAAAGCAUUCAGAAAGGCAUUGCAGACUUGGUGCGGCAGAUGGCCAGGUUUGGGGCAGCAAACACCAGCACCACCUCCACCGAGGAGUUUCGGCAGAAGAUGGCUGAGGUGGAAAGGAUGCUGAGGGAGAUGAAGGAGCGGAGCCUGGGCAGCCAGGAAGAGCUGGCAAGGCGCGAGCAAGAGGAGGCUCAGAAGCUGCUGCAUCGGGUGAAGAGUGAGCUGCACGCCCGCUGGGAGUCCAACCAGGACCUGGUGAGCAGCAUCCAGGACCAGCUGGCGCAGCACAGCUCCCAGCUGAUGGAUCUCCGUGAUGCCCUCAACGAGGCUGUGAACAAAACCAGACAAACAGAGGACUUGAACAGCCUGAACCGCAACAACCUGGAGGAGAGUCAGCAAAAGAGCCGUGAACUCCAAAAGCAGCAUGUGCUGGUGCAGGAGACCCUGAGGAUGGCCAAGGACUCUUUGGCCCAAGUCUCCAACUUCCUACAGAAGAUGGAGAGCGCGAAGGAGGCGUACGAGAAGCUGGCAGCCUUGCUGGAUGGGGCGAAGCUGCCCCUGACUGAGCGGGUCAAGAAGUUCUCCCCAGCCAGCAGCAAGAUCCCCAUCGUGGAGCAGGCAGAGGAGCAUGCCCGGCUCCUGGAUGAGCUCGCGAGGAACCUGUCCAGCAUUAUCCAGAGCACAAACCAAGAUGGCUUCAUCCAGCGGGCGAUUGAUGCCUCCAAUGCCUACGCCAGCAUCAUUGAAGCUGUGAAAAAAGCUGAGCGAGCUGCCCAUGAUGCUGAUGAGGCAGCCAGCAAGGCUUUGAUGAGUGUCAUAUCAGAAAAUCUUGAGGCUAUUUCUAAAGAGCUGAAGAGGAACAGCAGCAACCUGGAGGAGGCUGUGAGGAGAGAGCAGAGAAAACUCAACGGGGUUGUUAAGGACACUCUGCAGAGAGGAAAGGACAAGCUGGCUGACCUCCGUGUGAAGAAGGAACAGCUCCUGAGCCAGCUCCAGUCUGUGCAGGACAUGCUGGGCAGGGAUCAAGAGGACACUAAAGAGAUGAUCCAGAAUGCCAAAGCGGCAGCUGCUGAGGCCAAUGAAACAGCUGCAAGAGUGGAAGAUAGCCUGAGCACUAUGAAGAAGAAUCUGGAUGAGUGGAAAGACCAGUACGGAGACCUUCGAAAUGAAGACCUGAACCAGGCAGUCCAGGAUGCCAGGAAAUCUGUGUCCAGCCUGGAAAGCACCAUCCCGCUGCUGCUGGAGAAGCUGAGCAGCCUGGAGAACAGGAGGAACAAGAACGCCACUGUGUCAGAGAACAUUGUGCGGAUCCGGCAGCUCAUCACGCAGGCGAGGAACGCUGCCAGCAAGGUGAAAGUCCCCAUGAAGUUCAACGGCAGCUCAGGUGUGCAGGUCCGGAUGCCCAGCAACCUGCAGGAUUUGGCAGCCUAUACGUCCCUCAAAUUCUACAUCCAAAACCCCGAGCCCAGGAGCCAGCAGCGACAGCAGGACGAGGCAGAGGAGGGGCGGUUCGUGUUGUACCUGGGCAGCCGGGAGGCUGCUGGAGACUACCUGGGCAUCGUGCUCAAGGACCACAAAGUGCAGUGGGUCUACAAACUGGGUGAUGAGGAGCCAGCCUUCCUAACUGUUGACGAGGAUAUUGGAGAGCAGUUUGCCACCAUCAGCAUCAACAGGAUCCUGCAGUAUGGGCACAUGUCGGUGAUCGUGGAGAGGCAGACGGUGCAUGAGACCAAGGGAGACAGCGUGGCCAAGGGGGAGCAGGGGCUGCUCAACCUUGACCCGCACAAUGUGGUCUUCUACGUGGGUGGCUACCCCUCCAGCUUCACGCCCCCUCCCACUCUGCGCUAUCCCAACUACCGUGGGUGCCUGGAGCUGGACACACUGAACGAGGAGGUGGUGAGCCUGUACAACUUCCAACGCACCUUCCAGCUGGAUACCACCACUGAGAAGCCCUGCGCAAGGUCCAAGUCCACAGGAGACCCCUGGUUGACUGACGGCUCCUACUUUGAUGGCACCGGUUAUGCAGAGAUCAAGUUUGAGAGCCAGUUUGGCACAACUAAGCGCUUCGAGCAGGAGAUCCGAGUGGUCUCCUACAAUGGCAUCAUCUUCUUCCUGGAGAAUCAGGGUCAGUUCCUGUGUCUGGCCAUCCGGGACGGGAAGCUGGUCCUUUACUAUGACUUCAGCACUGGCCUGGAGAUGGCAAAACCCAGCAGCAACUCUUCCUCCCUCACCAUCAGCAGCACCACAAACAAAGCGAUCCAGAUUUUCCUCCUCAAAAUGAAUAACAAGAAGCGCAUCCUGGUGCGGCUGGAGCGCCUCACCAUCUUCAUGGUGGAGCAGGAGAACUCCCUGGAGAAUGCCGUCUCCUACUACCUGGGUGGCGUGCCCCCAGCUGUGCUGCCCCCCAGCUUGAAAGCACUCUUCCCCACGGGUGGGCCCAUCCGGGGCUGCAUGAAGGGUUUGAAGGCUCUUGGCAAAUACGUUGACCUGAAGCGCAUGAGCACUGUUGGUGUAAGCUACGGGUGCACCUCGGACCUUCUGGUGGCUCGCUCGGUCAGCGUCCACGGACACGGCUACCUGACCCUAGCCCUGAAGGACGUGCCAGGGCUACGGGACUUCUACAGUGGCUUCAGCUUCCGGACAAGCCAGCGCGAGGGCCUGCUCUACCACCACACCACCCAGGAGGGGACGUGCCAGGUGUCCCUCCAGAGGGGUCAGCUGGCCUUGAACCUGAUGGAAACCAAAGUCACCACCGAAAAUGCUUAUGCAGAUGAUAGGACCCACUACGUGGCCUUCUACAGCGAUGCCCGUGGGGUCCGACUGUACGUGGAUGAUGAACUGCAGGACACCGCAGCAGGCACUGGGUCCAGCCGGCGACAGCAACGGCAGGACAGGCGGCCACUCUUCCAUCUUGGGGGCUCACCAGAGCCAGGUGCCCUCAGCAACCUCACUGGCUGCAUCGGGAACGUCUUCGUCAAGCGUACGUCAGAGCCACAAAUGGUGGUGGACCUGCAGCAGAACAUGGAGAGUGUCAAUGUCACCAUGAGCUGUCCUUGGGGUGAGCAACCGCAGCAGCUCAGAGCCACUCUGAAGAAGAACAGGCGGAAACCCAAGGUACCAGCCACGCCGCCUUGCAUGGCCCGCCGCCACGAUCGGGGUGGGCUCUGCCAGCUGCACCCACAGCCCCGUGUGGCCAGGGGCACCUUCCGCUUUGGGGGUGCUCCAAGCAGUCGCUGGGAGUUCGAGGACAUUCCAGCCUCCUUCGGCCAGAGGUCCCAUUUCUCCCUGGAGGUGAAGCUGAACUCCUCCAGCGGGCUGCUCUUCUACGUGGCAGGUGAGCAGGGCACCUUUAUGGCUCUCUUCGUCUCCAACGGGCGCUUUGUUUUCCUGGUGGACGUCGGCGGGCACCGGCUGCGCAUCCGCAGCAAAGACAAGUACCGCGACCGGCGGUGGCACACGGUCUUCUUCAGCAGAGACCAGAGCCGAGCCCAGCUGGUCAUCGAUGGGUUGCGAGCCCAGGAUGCUGCAGUGGCCACCACAAGGCUCUUUGUGGCCCGAACCCCUUUGUAUGUGGGGGGGAUCCCAGCUGGAAAAGCCAAGGCUCACAUACCGGUUGCAUCAGCCUCCAGCUUUGAUGGCUGCCUGCAGAACCUACAGCUGGAUGGGAGGCCCCUGGGUCCCCCCUCACGCACCUUUGGGGUGACACCGUGCUACGAGGGUGCACUGGAGAGCGGGGUCUUCUUCGCUGCGGAUGGCGGGUCCAUCGCCCUAGUUGAUGCAGUGACAACCAAGCAGGACUUGGAGGUGACACUGGAGGUCCGUCCCCGCAGUGCCUCUGGCCUCAUCUUCCACAUCAGCACGAGGAGAAGCCACCAUCUCCUGUUAUACGUGGAGGAGACGAAGGUCACUGUGAGAGGGAACGCUGGGGCUGAUGAGUUCUCUGCAUCGGUGACAUGCCCAUCUCUCUGCGACGGACAGUGGCACAGCAUCGCAGUUACCAAAUGGAAAAACGUAAUCCGGGUUGAUGUGGACACAGAAGGCAACUACACAGUGGGACCCAGCCAGCCCCCUGCACCCAGCACAAGGGCGACCUUCUACGUGGGAGGGCUGCCAGAGACGGACAAGGCCAGCGCGCUGUCACCGUUACCUCCCUUCCCUCAUUACGUGGGCUGCAUAAGGAACCUGGUGAUUAACCAGAGCCACGUGGACCUGCCGCGAGCCGGGACUGUCAGGGGCUCCAUUGGCCUUAAGGGCUGCCCGGUGCUGUAA